AGCGUCAGUAAAAAACUAUAAAAAACCAUGCAGAUCUUUGUGAAGACAUUGACUGGCAAGACCAUCACCUUGGAGGUUGAGCCCAGCGACACCAUUGAGAAUGUGAAGGCCAAGAUCCAAGACAAGGAGGGCAUCCCCCCAGACCAGCAGCGUCUGAUCUUCGCCGGCAAGCAGUUGGAGGAUGGACGCACUCUGUCCGACUACAACAUUCAGAAGGAGUCAACACUCCACUUGGUGCUCCGUCUGCGUGGUGGUAUGCAGAUCUUCGUGAAGACCCUGACUGGCAAGACCAUCACCUUGGAGGUUGAGCCCAGCGACACCAUUGAGAAUGUGAAGGCCAAGAUCCAAGACAAGGAGGGCAUCCCCCCAGACCAGCAGCGUUUGAUCUUCGCCGGCAAGCAGUUGGAGGAUGGACGCACUCUGUCCGACUACAACAUUCAGAAGGAGUCUACCCUCCACUUGGUUCUCCGUCUGCGUGGCUGGUAUGCGCAUCUUUCGAGAAGAACCCUGACUGCAAGACCAUCACCUUGAAGAGGUUGACCCAGCGACACCCAAUUGAGAAGUAGGCCAAGAUCCAAGACAAGAGGGCAUCCCCCAGACCACAGGUUGAUCUUCGCGGCAAGCAAAGUUGGAGAUGGACGCACUCUCUCCGACUACAACAAUUCAGAAGGAGUCCUACCCCUCCACAUGGUGCUGACCGUCUCGUGGCGGUAUCAGAUCUUCGUGAGCAGACCUACUGAUCAUGUCAAACCAUCACCUUGGAGUUGAAAGGCCGACACCAUUCGAGAAUGUUGAGGCCAAAUCCAAGACAAAGAGGGGCUACCCCCAGACCAGCAGCGUCUAUCUUCGGCGGCAAGCGUUGGAGAUGGACGCACUCUGUCCGACUACAACAUUCCAGAAGGAUCAACCCUCCACUUGGCUUACCGUCUGCGUGGUGGUCAUGCGAUCUUCGGAAGACCCCUGACGUGCUCUAUUAUGAAUCAACAACUGGAGGUUGAGCCCAGCGAAACAUUGGAAGAAUGUGAAGGCAAGAUCAAGACAAGGAAGGGACAUCCCCCCAACCUACAGCGUCUGAUCUUCGGCCGCAAGCAAGUUGGAUGAUGGACGCACUCUAGUCCCGACUACAACAAUUCGGAAAAGAGCACCGCAUCACGAGUUCGUGGCGCCGCGCGUGUGGUAAUGACACACAAUCACUGUAUCGCGAUUGAAGACGCCUCAACUGGCAAAACCCAUCACCGUUGGACGGUUGAGCCCAGCGACCCAUUAGAGGAUAUGUGAAGAGCAAGAUCCAAAGACUAGGAGGGCAAUCCCCCAAUCAGCCAGCGUCUGAUCUUCGCCGGCAAGCAGUUGGAGGAUGGGCCUCUGUCCGACUACAACAUUCAGAAGGAGUCAACCCUCCACUUGGUGCUCCGUCUGCGUGGCGGUAUGCAGAUCUUCGUGAAGACCCUGACUGGCAAGACCAUCACCUUGGAGGUUGAGCCCAGCGACACCAUUGAGAAUGUGAAGGCCAAGAUCCAAGACAAAGAGGGCAUCCCCCCAGACCAGCAGCGUUUGAUCUUCGCCGGCAAGCAGUUGGAGGAUGGACGCACUCUGUCCGACUACAACAUUCAGAAGGAGUCAACCCUCCACUUGGUGCUCCGUCUGCGUGGUGGUAUGCAGAUCUUCGUGAAGACCCUGACUGGCAAGACCAUCACCUUGGAGGUUGAACCCAGCGACACCAUUGAGAAUGUGAAGGCCAAGAUCCAAGACAAGGAGGGCAUCCCCCCAGACCAGCAGCGUCUGAUCUUCGCCGGCAAGCAGUUGGAGGAUGGACGCACUCUGUCCGACUACAACAUUCAGAAGGAGUCUACCCUACACUUGGUGCUCCGUCUGCGUGGUGGUAUGCAGAUCUUCGUGAAGACCCUGACUGGCAAGACCAUCACCUUGGAGGUUGAGCCCAGCGACACUAUUGAGAAUGUGAAGGCCAAGAUCCAAGACAAGGAGGGCAUCCCCCCAGACCAGCAGCGUCUGAUCUUCGCCGGCAAGCAGUUGGAGGAUGGACGCACUCUGUCCGACUACAACAUUCAGAAGGAGUCUACCCUUCACUUGGUUCUCCGUCUGCGUGGUGGUAUGCAGAUCUUCGUGAAGACCCUGACUGGCAAGACCAUCACCUUGGAGGUUGAGCCCAGCGACACCAUUGAGAAUGUGAAGGCCAAGAUCCAAGACAAGGAGGGCAUCCCCCCAGAUCAGCAGCGUCUGAUCUUCGCCGGCAAGCAGUUGGAGGAUGGACGCACUCUGUCCGACUACAACAUUCAGAAGGAGUCUACCCUCCACUUGGUGCUCCGUCUGCGUGGCGGUAUGCAGAUCUUCGUGAAGACCCUGACUGGCAAGACCAUCACCUUGGAGGUUGAGCCCAGCGACACCAUUGAGAAUGUAAAGGCUAAGAUCCAAGACAAGGAGGGCAUCCCCCCAGACCAGCAGCGUCUGAUCUUCGCCGGCAAGAGUUGGAGGAUGGACGCACUCUGUCCGACUACAACAUUCAGAAGGAGUCUACCCUCCACUUGGUUCUCCGUCUGCGUGGUGGACAUGCUUAAAUUAAAUUCCAAGCAAAUGAUAAAAAUUUGCAAAUAUAAAAGAAUUUAUUUCCACAUUUACAUUUAAAAAAUUAUGCACAAA